AUGAAAUCAUUCACAAAAUUAAGAAACGGGUUCUCUGUUUUAGUCACCGGAGCAGCCAGAUUGGUAGGAACCCAUGUCAGCGUCGCGUUGAAACGCCGUGGAAAUGGCGUUUUAUGUCCAGAGCAACAUCGUUGUUCAGUGAUGAGGGAAACAAAUGGUGGUGGAGAGCGCUCAGCAGCAGCAGCUCCUACUGAUAGUGGAGUUACGAAUCAUGAAAAUGCCCUUAGGCAAAGUAGGGGAUCGGAGGUGCUGGUAGUCCCCAUUAGGAUUUUAAUGCUGCCUUCUGAAGCUUCCCGAAGCUCUAUGGGUGUGCUAUUGCCAGUGGUCACUGAAGAAGGAGCUUUUUAG